UGUAUAUAAUGGUGAGGAUAUAGAUUUUGGAGUACGAGCUACAAUUAUAAAGUUAAAGUUACACAAUAAUAACAGAGAUAUUAGUUCUCCGACACGCUUAGAAAGGGAGGGGUGAAUGCAGGGGUAUGUUGUUGCUUGCAAUCUGCAACCUCACCACUAAAUCUCACACACUGUUCCUUUUAAACAAGGCUACUUUAGCCUCAAAUAUGUCAAAAAGGCCAGUAACUCUGUUACUUCCUGAAAUAUUAUUUUGAUAAUAUUGAUAUAUUACUUUUAAAAACACACACAAUUGAUGUGACUAAAUACAUAUUUAGUCGUUGCUCUAUAUGAAUAUUAAAGGUGAAGGAAUUAAUUUAUUGUCUACUAAUUAGCGCAAAUCGCAGUUCUGUCUAUCUACGCAUUCGAAUCACCCGCCAAGUAUUUCCUGAAACUAGCUUUAGUCUUUGUGAAUCACGUGACGACCAGAAUUGUUGAACUUCCGUUAACGCGACUCUCUCUUUAUACGGCUCUGCCCCUAUGCUCGCAACACCAACGUAAUCUUUGCCAGGAUGUGACGUUGCGUAGUUACCAGGCACCUUCACGCUGUCGGCAGCUAGCUGUAGCUUGUAGCCAGGUAAGAUUUCGUUGUCUUUCAGCUAAAGUUAGCUAACCUAAGCAACUAUAACAUAGUUGGACUAAGUUAGCCAACAUACUCUAGUUAACCGUUAUCAAGAUGAAAGUAGUAUGUUUAAAUCAUGCUUGGCCUCCAUGACGUAUUACCAUACUACACGGUGAAAAGUGUCUUUAGAGACCGUUACCAUAUAUUGUUUGUCCAUAUCUCAUUCUACAUUUUAUUGUAACGCUAUAUAUACAUUUGGUUUGUAUUGAAUAUCUUCUAAAUUCUCCAUCACAGAGGACAUCUGCACCAAAGCUGGAUCUGUUUCUGCCAACCAUACGUUAUAAUUGUGUGUUGAUGCAGGUCAUACAUACAAUUUAAGCAAGUUUUAAGAUUUUACGACCUGAUUUUCAUGUUGUAUGGAACUGAAUGUAACCCAGUGGAUUCAGUGCAGUGGUGAAUAAAAUCAUCAAAUCUCCAAAACAACGUAAUAAAAACGUAAUUUUUAGUUAAUUGGUUGAAACAUGAAAAACCAUAGUCACAGUUCUUUGACUUUAACUCAACUUUAACAUCUCAAUCUUACACUACUUUAUAGGUUCAGUGUGUUGGGGAAGUCUGCCAUGUUCAACCCCAGUGAACUAGAAGGUGAAGUGGAUCAUUCGUUUUUUGACAGUGACUGUGAUGAUAGCAGCAGAGAUGGAGUGGAAAAGAUGGAGAAAGGCUUGAGGGCUGAAAAGGAGAGCCCACCAGCACCUGAGAGGCUACAUGCAAAACAGACGAAAAAAACAGAAGGUGGUUUGUCUCCGAGGACAGAUGAGACUAAAAAACACCUGAAGCUAGUCGACAACAGUGGCAGCAGAGCAGAAAGGCGAGAAAGCAGCUGUCAAUCAAAGAAAGAAGAGAGUAGCAGGGCGUCCAGUGAAUCAUCUGUUGCCUGCACAUCAGAUAAAGCCACCCAUAUUAGCAGUGAUGGUGAGGCAGACUCUGAUUUGCAGUCUGAAAGGCACAAUGGAACAUUUAUGGCGUUAUUGGAUGUGAUCAGGGAGGUAGAUUGUGAGGAUGUGGAUAGCCAGAGACCAAAUGAGUAUGAAGAAGAUGCAUUGCCAUCCAAAAACUCAGGCUCAAAAGGGAGAAAUGAACAAUCUCCUAAAGAACAGAUAAGAAAUUCUCACACCCGGAGUCCAUCCCCCACUUCAACUGAGAACAGCGUAGAUGCAGACUCAGAGAGCUCCUCUAGCAGCAGAAGUGGGAGAAGCAGUGUAUAUUCCCCCACCCUUCCCAGGCCCAACAAGCUUUCUUUAUACCCUGGAGUGAGAAGGACCCGCGCGGGCUCAGCAGGAUCCCGGGACGUGCUUAUCAGCCGUACAGAGGAGUCGGAGGAUACAGUGACAGAUGUGAGCCCCCUCUCCUCUCCUGACAUCAGCCCUCUCCAGUCAUUGGACCUGAACCACACAGAGGCUGAAGAGGGAAGCCCUAAAGAGCAGCAGCAGUUGGAGAGUGUGCCCUCCAGUGGCCUUAGCGACAUGCAUCAGGAUGAGGACUCAGAUCGGGAUGUAGAUGAGUGCUCCCUCAGGUCAGAGAGUCAGCUUGGAGGUAAACUGGUUUUCUGCUGUACUGGGCCAAGAAACAGGAAGAACUACUCGUUCACCAACGAUGAGGUCCGACGCAUAGAUCGCGAGAACCAGCGUCUUCUUCGUGAGCUUUCGCACCAAUCUCCAGGGCCCAGACCAGGAAGUACAGCGAGGAAGAAAACCCACACGGCCAGCAAGUUGCCUCAGAUUCGGUUCUCUCACAGCGCACUCAACAGGCAGCGGGAACAGCAACGCAUCGAGAAGGAAAACUUGGCUUUUUUGAAGAGGCUGGAGUCCGUCAAGCCAACACCCGGCCUAAAGUGUUCAGAACAACUGAAGGACUACCAGAGAAACACCAGAAUCGUGGGAGCUGCUUCAUACCCCAUCUGUAUGUCCACCACAAUGUCAGAGCGGUCGACCAGCAAGACGCCCUCAGGUCCUAGGCCAGCCAGUUCCACCCAUUACAGCUCCAGAGCAGUUUACACUACUAACUUCAGCAAAACACCCUUACCCAGGUCAAAAAAACAGCCCAGUGCAGCCUGGUGCUGAGAACAUUGCCAUUUUCAGAUAUCUAAUCUACAAAGAAAUAC